AUGAAUGUCAAGAAAAAAGAAAUAUGCUCUUCAUUACUCAGGAACUCUCUUAUCAGAUAUCGAGAUUAUAAACCGAUCAUCAAGCCAAAAAUAUAUGAAAGCGCUAGGUUUCAACAAGUAGUAACUUCUAGGACACAAAGACCAUUAAGAUCUUCUUCAACCUUUACACAAAGGCAUAUGGAUAGCGUUGUUUCGACUAUGGACCAAGGGAUCCAGAAUGACUUUUCAGACCAUUUAUCAAGUGAUUUAACCUCAACUAAUAGGACUCCUAUAUAUUCAAGGGAAAAACAAAAUAAGUUAAUUGAUUAUAGAUGAUCUUCGUUUAAAAAUGAUUUUGAUGAAGAUCCGAAUUUUUUGUGUACUGAUACUAUCAAAGUUGACGAGUAUAAAAAUGAGCAAAAAUCCAAAGAGCCGUCAAGAACUCUUAAUUCAAGGAUUAAGCGUAAUAAAUCAAGCAACUGAAAGCCAAGAUCAAGUUCUUGCAUAGCAAGCAAAGCUCAAUAUAAACAUAUAGAGGUUUCCGCUAUAUAGCGCUGAAAGCGCAGACAUUUUCCCAGGAGCUUUCCAAGUUCGUCGGACCAAAUCGCUUUUUGGUCCGACCAAGGCAUUGAUUUGGUGCAACCAACCGAUAAAUUCCCGAUCAGAAUUUAUCGGCCUUACAGCGCCAAACAUAGGAAACUUCUAUAUAAGAGGCCAAUUAGAACUUAAGGGCCAAAAAAAAGCUAAAACAAAGGCAAAAAGAAACAAAUCAAGUCAACAAGAUGCAAAACCAAUGGCUUCAAAAUUUCUGGAAAGAAGGCAGUUGUCCAAAACGAUGCCUCAAAAAAUCAGAAUUUUUGAUUAUACUGAAAUAUACAAUGUUAUUAAUGGCAAUAUUAAGAUAAUAAAAAAUAAACUUUCUUACUAA